ACAUUUUGAAAUGAUACACUGAAUACGCAAACGAUGUGUCAGAAUUAUUUGUUUCUGGAUCGCAGUUUCAUCAGAACCUACAUUCUGCUUUGCUUUAGUAGCAUUUCUUGUUAUGAGCGAGUGUCAAUUACAAUCAAGAAAGAGUAAGCUAGGUCUUCUUGUUGUUGUUGAGGAAAUGUUAUUUCCAGCAGCAUGCAUCGAGAUGGCAGCAGCAGCAGCAAUAGACCCGCUUCUUUAUCCUGCUUUCUCCUGCCUGCUAGUGCGCUUGUUCUCGCUGCAGCUUUACUUUUUCAGUAUGUCGAUGGGGAAAUCUCCAUAACAUCGGUCCUGUUCAAGCUGUUUGCUUACUUUUCUUUCGCCCUACUCUGCAUCUUGGUUGGGACCUUUGCACUCCUGGUAAAGCAAAAUCCAACAAAAAUAACCAGAUUUGACACCCUGAGGAAAAAUAAGACACAGGCAUUGGAACUGCUAUUCAUUAAAAUAAUGAGACAUCUUUCUGGGCCAGCACUGGAGUCUCAGCAAUUAAGAAGAGUAGUGAUCUCACACAAUGUGGAUAAAGCUCUUAAAGAAGUGUUUGACUACAUCUACAGGGACUAUGUGCUCUCCUGGUAUGUGGGCCUCAGCAAAGAUGAAGGACAGCUAUAUCACAUGCUGUUGGAGGACUUCUGGGAGGUGGCCAAACAGCUCAGAAUCCGUCUGUCCCACAUCGACUUCGUCAGGGUGGUGUGCAUCGACACUGUCAAAACAUUACACACCCACUUCUAUGACCUUAAAGCAGCCAACACCAGUUCUUGGUCAUGGGUAUUGUUCUUAGCCAACAAGUUUGGACAACCCUCAUGUCAAGGACAAGAAGAACCUCCAAAGCUGUUCCCACUGCACCCGUGUUUGAACAGCGCGGAGGAGGAGCUCCAGUUCCUGCGGUCUUGCUCUCGCCUUCUUAUGCUCUACCUCCUUCCCACCAAGGAUGUCCGCUCACGCAGCCUCAGGGUGGUCCUGGCAGAAGUCUUUGCCACUAAAGUGCUGAAGCUGUUGGUGGAGGUGCUCAGCGACCCAGACUACAUCAAUCAGAUGCUGCUCACCCAGCUGGAACUCAGGGAGCAGGUGAAUGAACACAAGAAGGCCUACACGUACGCCCCUUCCUAUGAGGAGUUCAUCAAGCUCAUCAGCGGCAGCUCUGAUGUUGAAUUCCUGAAGCAGCUAAGGUACCAGAUUGUUGUUGAAGUAAUUCAAGCCACUACCAUCAGCAGCUUGCCUCACUUGAAGAAGCAGAAAGAUAGCAAAGGUAAAGAGACAGCCGCAAUGAAGGCAGAUAUGCUGAGGGCUCGGAAUAUGAAGAGGUACAUCAACCAGCUAACCGUGGCUAAGAAGCAGUGUGAGAAGCGGAUAAGGUUGCUAGGGGGCCCUUCUUAUGACCAGCAAGAGGAUGGGAUGGAGACAAAUGAUCACCAGAGUCAGAGGAUUCUUCAGUUCAAGGAGAUCAUGUCCAACCCAAAGUUUCGGGAACACUUCCGCAUCUACAUGGAAAGGAUCGACAAGAGAGCGCUCAUUAGCUUCUGGGAGUCGGUGGAGUAUCUGAAAAAUACAAACAAGAAUGAAACACCUCAACUUGUUGGUGAAAUCUACCAAAACUUCUUUGUGGAAAGCAGAGAAAUUCCUGUGGAGAAGGCACUUUACAAAGAAAUCCAGCAGACACUUGUGGGUAACAAAGGAACUGGCAUUUUCAACAAGAUUCAGAGUGACGUUUACAAAACAAUGAAGGACAAGUAUUACCCGUCCUUCCUGGUGAGCGACGUGUAUGAGAGACUCAAGAAGGAGGAGCAGCGAGGUAACGUGCAGUCCAGCUCCGAGGACAAAGAUGAGAUGAGCCAUGCUUGUGAAAGCAGUGAGGAGGUGCUGGAUGAAGGUAGCAGCGGGCUUAAUGAGCAGGCCAGAUACGCUGUUAACAAGCUUCGCCAGUUAAACGAGAAGCUGGAGUACAAAAGACAAGCUCUGGGCUCCAUUCUCAAUGUGCCAAAACCUGACAGAAAGAUUGUCUCUAAGUUGAGGGAGGAGAUCAGCACUAUGGAGAAGGAGCACACUGACCUUCAGCUACACAUUUCACACACAGACUGGUGGUGUGAGAACCUGGGCACCUGGAGAGCCUUCAUCAAUAGCAACGAGCUUGCUGACGAGAAUGGCGAGCAAAUGCCCUGCUACUCUAUCUGUGUGCAUUUACUUGAGAGCGAUGAGUCUAAAAACAAUAGCUGGACAGUUUCCAGAAGGUUGAGUGAGUUCCAGACUCUGCACAGAAAGCUCACUGAGUGUUUCCCAUCCUUGAAAAAAGCACAGUUGCCCUCCCUCAGUAAGCUGCCAUUUAAAUCUGUUGACCAAAAAUUCCUGGACAAAUCCAAAAACCAACUGAACACAUUCCUGCAGAAAAUGCUUUCUGACAAGAGGCUGUGUCAGAGUGAGGCUCUGUAUGCCUUUCUCAGCCCUUCGCCCGAGCACCUAAAGGUCAUCGACAUCCAGGGAAAGAAGUCAUCCUUUUCACUGUCGUCCUUCCUGGAGAGGCUGCCGGGAGAUUUCUUCUCUCACCAAGAGGAGGAGACGGAAGAUGACAUUGACUUUCCCGACUAUGUAGAUGAGCUUGAUGGGAAGAAACACAUGCUUGCUGAACCAUGUUUCAUGCUGAUUGGAGAAAUCUUUGAGCUUCGGGGCAUGUUUAAGUGGGUCAGGAAGACACUAAUUGCACUAGUUCAGAUAACAUUUGGGAGAACUAUUAACAAGCAGAUCCGGGACAUAGUAAACUGGAUAUUCAGCGAGCAGAUGCUUGUGUACUACAUCAACAUCUUUCAAGAUACCUUCUGGCCAAAUGGAAAACGGGCAGCCUUUACAAGACCCAGAACAGAGAUUCAGCGUCAGGAAACGAAGCAAAGAGCACAGCAGAAGCUACUGGACAACAUCCCAGAUGCUCUUCAGAGCCUUGUUGGACAGCAGAAUGCCCGGCAUGGGAUCAUCAAGAUAUUUAAUGCACUGCAGGAAACAAGUGCCAACAAGCAUCUCCUAUAUGUUCUCUUGGAAUUGUUGCUUAUAGAACUUUGUCCUGAAUUGAGAGCUCAACUGGAUCAACUCCGAACAGGCAAGGUCUAAAAAAGCACUGUAUAAGCAUACUGUACAAUAAUUGAAGAAUAUGUUUAUCUGUACCAAGAGACAUGACCUGUAUUAUCCUCUUUUUACAGAGGAAACAACCGAGUACAUGUCAGUGUUUUGUUUUUUUUUUUUUUUUUUUUUUUUUUGUUUUUCCCUGUUUUAUCUGAAGUAGCACUGUUUGAACUGACUUGAUAAAGCACUGCUAAAUGAAAAAGAGCUGCUUAAAAUUCUUUGUUUUAAAAUUUCUCAUAAUUUGUUAGUUCAGAACUUUGAUAAAGUUCAACUGCCAAUAUAUGUUGUAGGAAUCCAGGGUCUAAUUUAUGGUUAAUAGUUGUGGACAUAUGAAUGUUGUACUCCUGUUAAACCUCCACAAAACUCUGACCAUUCCUUACCCUUUAUUGUGUUCAUUAAAAGCUUUGUUGUGCAA